UUCAGAGCGAGAGGGUCACAGGAGGGUUUGUCCUGGUACCUACCAGGAGUAAAGAAAGUAGCCCUGCCAAGCAGCUUUGGGUAUGAUAGAAAAGAGGGGAUGCCCAAGCCACCCACCCAGGGGAAUAGGACCCAGCCCUAGCCCCAGGUAGGUAGCAGCUCUUUGCUCCAGGCUGUCAGGGAGGAUCUGCCACUGGAAUGGUUAACCCGGGACAGGUCCAGCAGCCAAUCACAGAGCCCUGCAGGAAAUACCUGGGAGAGGUCCUAGAGCUGGGGCCAGGCAGGUUGAGUCCAACCUCAGCAGCCCAUAGCCAAGACAGACACUUGCCGACUCCACACUGCACGCGGCACUUGGAGGCCUGAAGCAUGGGGUUCAUAGCCCGGCUGACAUCGGAGCUCCUGUUGGUCAUGCUGGUGUUGACAGCACAAGUGGCCCAGCCCAUCCGUCUGCUAACCCUGCUCAUCUCGAGCCAGGGCUCUCUGGAUCGUGAGGAGCUGGGCGGACUGUUAAAUAUGUUGGCGGCCCGUGUGCACUGCACCAACGGGCCGUGUGAAAAGUGCCUGACUGUAGAAGAUGUCUUGGCCCUGGGCAGGACUGACAAGCCAGGGCUUGCCCCAGGAAUGGUUCUAGAGUCUAGAUUCAUUGGUCAUCUGAGUGCCGCUGCUGCCCUCUACCUUAGCAACCCAGAGGACACAUGUGAGGACAUCCGGGCUGGCCACCUGGCCUCCCGUGUGAACUAUUUUCUAGCCCUACUUGGGAAUCCUGAGGCCAUGACCCUGGGCCUCAGCCAACUGUUGCGGAAGAUUGAGGCCCAGGCUGCUAGCCAGUCCACUGAGAAGGAGAUCUGUGUAGACAUCUCUCAGUUGCUGGAGGAGGUUGAAGAAGAAAGAGCAGGAGCGUCCAGAAGCCCUGGCCCAGUACUGGCUGCUUUGUUGGAUCAUAUUAAGAAUGGGUCCUGCUUCCACUCUCUGCCCAGUCCUCAGUACUUUGUGAACUUUGUGUUCCGGCACUACAGCAGUGAGGCCCCCAAUAUCACACUAGCUGAGCUAGAGAUUUUGAUGCAGCACCUAGGGGUGGGUGGAGAGGACCAUAGUGAUCACAAUGACCACAGUCAUCUGGGAAGGGAGACCAACCAUGAGGACUCUGAGCCAUCUGCCACCCUCAACAGCAGCUCCAAUGUGUGGGACACGGUAUGCCUGAGUGCCAGGGACAUAAUGGCUGUGUAUGGACUGUCUGAACAGGCUGGGGUGAGCCCUCAGGCCUGGGCCCAACUGAGCCCUGCCCUAGUCCAGCAGCAGCUGAGUGGGGCCUGCACCCCCCAGCCCAAGACCCAUACCCAGGACCAGCUCAGUCCAGCAGAGAGAUAUCUGUAUGGCUCCCUGGCCACGUUGCUCAUCUGCCUCUGCGCUGUGUUCGGCCUCCUGCUUCUAACCUGUGCCAGAUGCAGCACAGCCACCCACUACAUCAUGCAGACCUUCCUGAGCAUGGCCGUGGGUGCACUCACUGGUGACGCCUUCCUCCACCUGACACCCAAGGUGCUGGGGCUGCACUCACAUGGCGGAGAGAGCCACACGCACGAGGAGGUGGGUGUCGGUGCUCAGGCCACCUGGCGCCUGCUGGCAGCGCUUGGAGGCCUCUACAUCUUCUUCCUGUUUGAGAGCUUCUUCAACCUCCUGGUGCCCAGGGACCAGGAUCCUGAGAAGGAUGGGUCCUGCAGCCACAGCCACGGAGGCCACAGCCACGGAGUGUCGCUGCAGCUGGCCCCCAGCGAGCUCAGACAGCCCAAGCAGCCGCAUGAGGGCUCCCGCGCAGACUUGGUGGCAGAGGAGAGCCCGGAACUGCUGAACCCAGCGUCCCGGAGGCUCGACACAGAGCUGAGGCUGCUGCCCUACCUGAUCACGCUGGGCGACGCCGUGCACAACUUCGCCGACGGGCUCGCGGUGGGCGCGGCCUUCUCCUCGUCCUGGAAGACCGGGUUGGCCACCUCUCUGGCCGUGUUCUGCCACGAGCUGCCUCACGAGCUGGGAGACUUUGCGGCGCUGCUGCACGCCGGGCUCUCGGUGAGGCGCGCGCUGCUGCUGAACCUCGCCUCGGCCCUCACGGCUUUCAUCGGACUCUACGUGGCCCUUGCGGUCGGAGUCAGCGAGGAGGGAGAGGCCUGGAUCCUGGCGGUGGCCAUCGGCCUCUUCCUCUACGUGGCGCUAUGUGACAUGCUCCCUGCUAUGGUGAACGUGCGGGACCAGCGGCCCUGGCUUCUCUUCCUGCUGCACAACGUGGGCCUGCUGGGCGGCUGGACCAUCUUGCUGCUCUUGUCUCUGUAUGAAGACAACAUCACCUUCUGACCCCCGUUCCAGGCUCUUGACUCUGCCCUGAGUCAUCGAACCCUUGGACCCUGUCGGGUAGCCGGCCAGAGGGUGCCCAUUCCUGGCCCGCAGGUAGCCAGCCAUAAAGCCCUUGAAAGCUCCCUUCCCAGCCUCGACUUCAAUAAAGAUCUCUCUCGCCCUUCGA